AUGUGUCCUCCGUUGUUCUCUAAUGUUGAUGUUUAUUCAUCUGAUAAAAAUACUUAUCAAGAACCAAAUUUUAUGCUUCAAUAUAAAUUAAAUUCAUAUGUUAAAAGAUUUGAUCGAUAUUUUCAUUUUUCUUAUGAUGAAAAAAAUCAUCAGAAAGAUUUUGAUGAAGAAUUUGAUUUAAUUUCUUUAUCAGAUAAUGAAAAUCGUACUCAUGUAUAUAAAAAAACAUUACAAGCAUUAAUUUAUCCAAUAUCAUUAACAACUCCACAUGAUUUUGAAUUUUGUUCAUUUACACAUCCAACAUAUUGUUAUGAAUGUGAAGGCUUAUUAUGGGGUAUUGCAAGACAAGGUUUAAAAUGUCGAGAAUGUGGAGUUAAAUGUCAUGAAAAAUGUAAAGAUCUUCUUAAUGCUGAUUGUCUUCAACUAUCAUUAGUUCAUGUGUUUCAUCAUGAUAAUAAUCCAGAUGAGAUUGAUAAUACUACCGUCGAGGAGAAACGUCGAGCACAAAAAAAUGCUAAGCAUGGUGCUGAUGAUAAAGCAAAAACUUUAAUGGAAGCCAUGCAUGAAAAAAUGACACUCAGGGAAAGUACAAGACCACAUCUAUUUAAGACAAUCAGGGACGUAUUUAAUGUCGAUGAAAAAUCUCAUGUGGGUCAUAUGAAAGCUGUUAAACAAAGUGUACUUGAUGGUACAUCAAAAUGGUCAGCUAAAUUGGCAAUAACUGUGAUAAGUGCUCAAGGUUUAAUAGCUAAAGAUAAAUCUGGUACAUCAGAUCCAUAUGUUACUGUUCAAGUUGGAAAAGUUAAAAAACGAACGAAAACUGUUUAUUCAGAAUUAAAUCCAACAUGGAAUGAAAAAUUCUUUUUUGAAUGUCAUAAUUCAUCUGAUCGAAUUAAAGUUCGAGUAUGGGAUGAAGAUGAUGAUAUACGAGCUAAAUUAAUGCAAAAAUUAACCCGUGAAUCUGAUGAUUUUCUUGGUCAAACAAUAAUUGAAGUUCGAACAUUAUCUGGUGAAAUGGAUGUUUGGUAUAAUUUAGAAAAACGAACAGAUAAAUCAGCUGUUUCUGGUGCUAUUCGUCUUCAUAUAUCAGUUGAAAUAAAAGGAGAAGAAAAAGUAGCUCCAUAUCAUGCACAAUAUACUUGUCUACAUGACAAUCUAUUUUAUACACUUUGUGAAAAUAAUAAUGGUCAACCGAUUAUUCCUGAUGCUAAAGGAGAUGAUGCUUGGAAAAUUUAUUUUGAUGAACCUUCACAAGAAAUUGUUAAUGAAUUUGCAAUACGUUAUGGUAUUGAAUCAAUUUAUCAAGCAAUGACACAUUUCGCAUGUUUAUCGACAAAAUAUAUGUGUCCCGGUGUUCCUGCUGUGAUGAGUACUCUUUUAGCUAAUAUAAAUGCUUAUUAUGCACAUACAACAGCAACAACUGCUGUAUCAGCAGCUGAUCAAUUUGCUGCAUCGAAUUUUGGAAAAGACAAAUUUAUAAAAUUACUUGAUCAAUUACACAAUUCAAUUCGUAUUGAUUUAUCAAUGUAUCGAAAUAAUUUUCCAUCAUCAAGUGUCGAACGAAUGCAAGAUUUAAAAUCGACUGUUGAUCUUCUUACAUCAAUAACAUUCUUUCGUAUGAAGGUUCAAGAAUUAAGUUCUCCACCUCGUGCAUCGAGUGUUGUUAAAGAUUGUGUUAAAAAUUGUAUUCGUCAUACAUAUGAUUUCUUAGUUGCUAAUUGUGAUGAACUUUAUAAACGAGAAUCAAAACAACAAAUGAAUACAAAUGAAAAUAAUAAUGAACAAAAUGAAGAUGAUGGAACACAAGAAACAACAACAAAUGUUAUUGGACCAAGCCUUAAAAGUUUACAAUUUUGGAAUCAUUUUAUGUAUUUAUUAACACGUAUUAUUUCUGAAGAUCGAGAAAGAUAUAGUUUAGUUUUAAAUCAAUUUCCAUCGGAAGUAAAUGUUGGUCAUAUUAGUGCCGAUACUUUAUGGAAAUUAUUCUCAGCUGAUCUUAAAGAACACUUAGAAGAACAUGCUCGAGUUCCAACUGAACGUCGUGAAAUAAAAAGUGCUGAUUAUAUGAAUCUACAUUUUAUGGUCAAAAAAUUUUAUGAUACAUCAGUUAAAAUAAUUCCCGAAGCAAAAAAUAUUGUUCCUGAAUAUCCUAAAUGGUUCGAACCAUUUGUAAUGCAAUGGCUUAAUGAAAAUGAUGAUAUGUCAAUGGAAUAUCUUCAUAAUGCACUUGAAAAAGAUCGACAAACAGGAUUUCAACAAACAUCAGAACAUUGUUUAUUUUCAUCAUCAGUUGUUGAUGUAUUUACACAAUUAAAUCAAUGUCAUGGAAUAAUAAAAAGUCUUGAUCUUCAUGAUCCAAUUGUUAUAGCUUCAUAUAUGCAACGUUUUUCUAUAACUAUAUCAAAAGUGUUACUUGCUUAUGCAAAUGCAAUACGUCGAACAUUUGAACAUGUUGGUGGAGAAGAUCAUGUUUGUUCUAUAUUAAUGAAUAAUAUUCAACAAUUACGAUUAAAUUUAGAACAAUUAUAUGAAAUAAUGGGUGGGGCACAAUUAGAUGAUGAAACAAAAUUUCGACUUACUGAAUUACAAAAACAAUUAAGUGAUGUACUUGAUGAAUUAAGUGCUAUGUUUGUUAAAAGUAUUGAACCAACAAUAAGACAAUCAAUUGAAGAAGUUUAUAAACAAUUACAACAAAUUAAAGGUAAUCAAAUUGGUCUGGGAAAUAAUAGUGGACAACAAAAAGGUGCUGAAGCUAUGAUUGUGACGAAAUCAUUAUUGGAUUAUCUUGAUCAAAGACUGACAUUCUUUGCGGAGCAAUGUGAAAAAACUGUACUUAAACGUCUUCUAAAAGAAUUAUGGAAAGCAGUAAUUAGUGAUUUAGAAAAAGUUAUUGUUUUACCACCAUUUGCUGAUUCAAAAAAUCUUUUAACAAUUCCAGCAGCUAAAAUUGAAGAUGCUUAUCGACUAUUAUCAGGGGAAUUAGGUCGAGAUAAUGAUCGAAGUUUGACUCAAAAACAAUGUCAAAUAUUAGAUCGUGGUUUAGAAGAUUUAAAAGAAUUUUUUCAUGCAUCUGGACAAGGUCUAAAGAAAAAUUAUUUAGAAAAAACUUUAGAAUUACAAUCACUUAAAUAUGCCCUUUCAUUAUAUACACAAACAACUGAUUCAUUAAUUAAAACAUUUGUUAAAACUGAAAAAGAACAAGAUCGUCCAGCAUUUGAAGAAUCUUUUGGUGAAGUAUCAAUUCAAGUUGAUUUAUUUACACAUCCCGGUACUGGUGAACAUAAAGUUACUGUAAAAGUUGUGGCUGCCAAUGGUCUUAAAUGGCGUACAACUGGAAUGUUUCGUCCUUAUGUUGAAUUAGCUAUAUGUGGUCCUCAUUUACAUGAUAAAAAACGAAAACAUUCAACUAAAACAAAGAGUAAUACAUGGAUACCAAAAUAUAAUGAAACAUUUCAUUUUCUAUUGGGUAAUGAAGAAGAACCUGAUUGUUAUGAAUUGAAUAUUGCAGUAAAAGAUUAUUCAUUUAUGCGUGAAGAUCGUAUAAUUGGAUUAAAUGUUAUUAAAUUAACACAAGUUUGUGAACAAGGUUCAUGGUCAUCAUGGAUUCCACUUGGUUCUCGUAUUAAUUUUGAUGAUACUGGUUUAACUAUAUUAAGAAUAUUAUCACAUAGAACUAAUGAUGAAUUAGCUAAAGAAUUUGUUGCACUUAAAUCAGCAAGGAGACAUAAAGAAGAUGUGUGA